AUGACGAUGAGUAUUGCGCCAGAAUUCAUUUCGAUUGGUGGGAAUCGGAAUCCUGCUGCUGCGGACUGGGAUCUGCAUGGGUCGCAGCUGUUGGCUUUUGGCGCGGACAAUUGCAUCGCUCUGUGGGAGCCUUCGGAUGACCGGUUAAGGGGUGUGACGGCGCUCUUGAAUGGCCAUACGGACGUGGUUAAUGCUGUCAAGUUCUUUCCGACUAAUUCUUCGGAUGUCACUGUUCUUUUGAGUGGUGCAGCGGACCACUCGUUGCGCAUCUGGACAUUGAGACAAAGAGAUGUUCAAACCACCGAGACCAAAUUCGAUCUCAUCAAGACCGUGACGGAGCACAAGAGUCCCAUUACCCGGAUCGCCACUCUGCCAGGCUCAGAUGUAUUCGCAACCGGGGCAUCGGACGGCGUUGUGAAGAUUUGGAAACUCGUUCAUGAUGCCGACUUCACCACUAUCGAUAUUGAACUCAUCCAGUCAAUACCCCUGACACCACGCUACUUUCCCUUGGCCAUUGCUUUGGCCAAGCUGGACGAGAGUGCCCUUGUACUGGCCGUAGGAGGCACACGCAGCACCAUUCAGAUUUUCGUUUCUCAUGAUACCCAAUUUCAACUUUCUGCUACGUUGACUGGUCACGAGGGCUGGAUCCGCGCGCUGGACUUUACGAAGGAGAGCGAAGAUCAGGAAGGCGACCUGCUGCUAGUAUCCGCGAGUCAAGAUAAAUAUGUACGUCUGUGGCGCUUGCAUCAGGGUGAAGAGCUGCCCGCGGCAAGCGCCGCCUUGAACGACCCGGCCCUAGGUGUCCUGGGUAAGUCGCUGUCGAACAAAGCUCAUCGCUUUGCGUCAGCGACAUCGAAGUACUCCAUUACUUUUGAAGCUUUGCUGUUGGGUCAUGAAGACUGGAUUUAUACGGCCUCUUGGCGACACAGAGCAGGGAAGCUCCAGCUCUUGUCCACCUCUGAGGACAACUCCCUCGCUAUCUGGGAGGCAGAUCCCUCCUCUGGCGUAUGGGUGUGCAUCACUAGACUUGGCGAGAUAAGCGGCCAGAAAGGUUCUACCAGCGCCACAGGCAGCGCUGGAGGAUUUUGGAUCGGUCUAUGGUCACCAGAUGGCGACUCGGUGGUCUCCCUCGGACGCACUGGUAGUUGGCGAAGAUGGACAUACUCUCCCGCCCAAGACAUGUGGACACAACAAGUAGCUAUUACCGGACAUGUACGCGAAGUGAAAGGCCUGAGCUGGUCAAGAGACGGAAGCUACCUCCUCACAACCGGCUCGGACCAAACGACCCGUCUUUUCUCAGAAUGGAAACGCGACUCUGGCUCCUCAUGGCACGAGUUUUCUCGGCCGCAAAUCCACGGCUACGACCUCAACUGCGUCGACACCGUCACCAACAUGCAAUUCAUCUCCGGCGCAGACGAAAAGCUCCUCCGCGUCUUCGACGAACCAAAAGGCGUCUCAGAAAUGCUAAAUAGACUCUGCAAAAUCGAAGCUCCCUCCGCCGACCUCCCCGACGCCGCAAACAUCCCCGUCCUCGGCCUCUCAAACAAAGCAAUCCAAGCCGUCGACGAGAACGACAUCCCCGAAGACGCUGACGGCGACGACGACCGCGAAGCCCUAGACCCCGCCUCCAUCGUGCGCAAAUCCACACUGGAAUUCGACCACCCACCCUUCGAAGACCACCUUGCACGGCACCUCCUCUGGCCCGAGACAGAAAAGCUAUACGGCCACGGCUACGAGAUCUCCGCCCUGGCAGUUAGUAGCGACGGCUCGCUCGUCGCGACCGCAUGUCGCGCGAGCUCCAUCGACCACGCCGUCAUCCGUCUGUAUGAUACGAAGGAGUGGCUGGAGAUCAAGCCGGCGCUGAAGGCGCAUUCGCUUACCGUUACGGCGCUGCAGUUUUCCCCCGACGAUAGAUUUCUUCUUAGUGUGGGGCGUGAUAGGCAGUGGGUCGUCUGGGAGAAGGGAGAGGAUGGCGUGUAUGCGUUGAAGCAUGCGAAUCCUAAAGGCCACACGAGGAUGAUUCUUGGGGCAGCGUGGACGCCGCUUGUGCAGCCGACGUUUUUGACGGCGGGGCGGGAUAAGAGUGUUAAGAUGUGGCAGAUUGAGGGCGAAGGCGUUGAGCUCAAGGGUUCGGUUGCGGCGAGUGCGGCGGUCACGGCUGUGGCGUGUAAUCGGGAGGCUGAGGAGGGGAAGCUGCAGUUUGCGUUUGGCACGGAAGGUGGGGAAUUAGUUGUAGGGACGGCGGAGGCGGAGGGCUUGAAUAAGGUGGCUACAUUGACUGUUGGGAAGGAUGUCUCGCCGGCGAAGGGGAUUAAUCAGAUCGUUUGGAGAUCGGGAAGGAAGGGGAUGGGGCAGCAGAUGGCGGUUGCGAGUGAGGACUCCUCUGUCAGGAUCUUUAACGUAGAGGUCGGGUCGAGUAGCUAG